AUUUAUUUCUAAGAGGAAUUAUUUUUAAAUAAAUUUAUGUUUCGAAACAUGUUUUGAAGAAAGUUUAAAAUAUUAUUUAAGAUAUACCACAAAGUUUAAGGUUUACUUUAGUGGUGAUACUGUAAAAUUGAGUCCUAAUCAUCAUGGUUUGUUUCAUUUGCUUUCAAAGACUUGAACAAGGUUGUUUAAAUGUGAACUCUCAACCCCUUAAAGCCUUCCAUAUUUUACUAUAAUUAUCACUUAUCACUAAUUCACUUAAGAAAUAGUUACUCAACCACAUAAGGUAAGUUUGUUUAUAUAUAUGUAUGUAUGCAUGUAUGCAUGUAUAUGUAUACAUAUGUGUGUAUAUAUAUAUAUACACAUAUAUAUUUCUAAGUUAGAACUGAGGGAAAAUUAUCGAGACUUCUAACUCCUUAGAUUAGCUUAGUAGAAGUAAAAUUUUUAGAAUUAUAUUUAGAGUUUGGACCUAAAACUGGGCUUUCUAAGAUUCUUUCACUUUAAACCUCUUUUCUGAGCCUCAUGUCUGCUUUAAUACCCUUAAAAAGCUUUAAUGAUUCUUAUAUUUCAAAACAUGAACUUAUUUUAAAGGAUAGAUCUGAUCCUGGUGGUAGGUGAGACUGGUCUCUAAAUGUUGAGUUUGUGUGUCAGUGGUCACCCAGGGCUCAUACCAAAGGAGUAGUAGUGGAAUCUAAAGUCUAAAAUAGCCAUUGCCUUCCACCUCCCCCACCAAAAAAAAAAAAACAGAUUUGUAGUAAAAUGUCAUUUUAAACUGUUGAAGGUGACUUUUGUAAAAUACAGAAGAACAUGUUUGGGUAAAGUUCCAAAGAGCUGCUUUGGUGAUGCAGCCAUGUGAAAUGUGCUGUAUUCUCAUGGUAAGAGAGUCUGAGAAUGUUAGUUUAUGAACAGAAAUUCCAUGUUCAUAAAUUUUAAACAAGCUAAUUAAUUCAACUAAAAAUUACUCCAUCUGGACUGUGUGUGUGUUUUCCGUAUUCCUUGUUAUAGCUUUUUAAUAAAGCUAACCUCUGUUUUAUUAUCAGGUGACACUUUGCAAUUUUAAAAUGUAUGUGGAAAGUUGCCCUGACAGAAAAGAAAAUCCUUACUCUUGCUCAAAAUAUUCACUUAUUGUCAAAAAUUUUUUAACAAAUAAAGUAAAAUAAUUAGAAUAAAUAUCACUAUAAUAAGUAAAUUUAUUUAAAUAAAACCACCAUGAGCUCAAAUACUCUAAUUCCAAAGUCAUUCAUUCAGUGUAAAAUAGGUCCAUAGAUAAGGAAGUAAUACAGCCUACUAGAAUAUCCCUUUGUGACUUUAUAUGGAAGAAUAAAUAAACAUUCCCCUAAUGACUUUUAAGAAUGAGUUAUGUACUAUAUUGAGUGUGACAUAAGCCAAGUAAUUUUGGGAUAUGAAGAAGAGGAUAGAGUAAAUCAUGCCUUGGCUACAUGAUAGAGACAGUUUUAUUUUGAACGAUUGAAUACUUCUUAAGGUAGUUGGAAGAGUAAAAAAUUAUUUUUAUAAAGAAAGCGUUACAGGGGGAAGAAAUGUUUGAGCAUUACUACAAAAUUGCACAAUUUUACAAGACAGUUUUCAACAGUAUGGAUGUUCUCUAAUAUGUUAUAUGAAACAGCAUUAAUUAUGUAGAAAUGUUGAGGAAAAUAAGAAUCAAAAGAAGUUUAGAAAUUAUUUCACGUCAUAGCUAAUGAAGAGGAUGAAUUUUUGAAAUCGGUAGAUGAUAAACUCUCUGAAGGCAAUACCUGUGUCUUAUUCAUUAUUGUAUCACCAAUGACAAGGGCAGUACAUAGCACAAGGCAAGAGUUCAAUGUAUGUUUGUUGAAUGGUGAAAUGAAUGUACCAAUAUAUGUAGGUGUGUAUAAAAAUCCAACAUGAUAUGUCUAAUAAUUUGGAAACAAGAAAAAGAUACCUUAAAGGAAGACUUAUAAUUUAAGAUAUUAAAUAUAUUAACAUAAAAACAUAGCUUGUUCAGUUAGGCACACGAUUAUUACUGUAGCUGGUUGGACUGAAGCAGCAGAGGCUGCAGUUUCCUAGUGCGGUCUCUGGGCGCCGCUGUUGGCCAGAGUGAUAAACUCGGCACCGGCGAUCGCCUCGCGCAACCGCAGAGCUCUUUACCCAACUCAGACGCGCUAAAGCAAGCCUUUACACCGCUUCCUCCUCUGGAAAAGAAGAAAGCCUGACCCCGUGCAAAAACUAAAGCCUGUUCGGAGCUCCCGACAUCUGCAACGCAGGGAUUAUUUGUCAUCCACGCCUCCAGGCCGGUGAGCAAGCUGAGGGGAGCAAGAGGGAUGGGGAGCGGCGCUGGGGACAGGGGCUGGGCUGAGAGACGGCCAGUGCUCUUUCUCUUCCUGCUGUCUUUGUUCUGCCCGGCGGCGCUCUCUGAGCAGAUCCGCUACAAGAUCCCCGAGGAACUGCCCGAGGGCUCCGUGGUGGGGAACCUCGCCAAGGACCUGGGACUCAGUGUCGGCGAGUUACCGACUCGAAAACUGCGCAUCAGUUCGGAGAAGCCUUAUUUCAGUGUGAGCUCAGAGCGCGGGGAGUUACUUGUGAGCAGUAGAGUGGACCGGGAGCAGAUAUGCGGGAAGAAGCCGGCUUGUGCUCUGGAAUUUGAGGCUGUUGCUGAAAAUCCAUUGAACUUUUAUCACGUGAAUGUGGAGAUCGAGGAUAUUAAUGACCACACGCCAAAAUUCAUGCAAAAUUCCUUUGAGCUGCAAAUAAGUGAGUCCACACUGCCUGGCAUGCGAUUUAUAUUAGAAGUAGCGGAAGAUGCAGAUAUUGGCUUAAACUCUCUCCAGAAUUAUAAACUCUCUCUUAGCUCUAGUUUCUCAUUGAUAAAUAAGGAGAAACAAGAUGGUAGUAAAUACCCGGAGCUGAUAUUGGAGAAACCUUUAGACCGGGAACAACUAAGUUAUCAUAAUUUGAUCCUCACUGCCUUGGACGGCGGAGAUCCACCGCUAAGCGGCACCACUGAGCUCCGGGUCCAGGUCACUGAUGCCAAUGAUAAUCGUCCUAUCUUCAACCAGGACAUAUACAGAGUCAGCCUUCGAGAAAACGUGCCCCUAGGCACCACUGUGCUGCAGGUGUCAGCCACCGACCUGGACGAGGGCGUCAACUCAGAAAUCACUUAUUCAUUCUACAGGACCGGGCAAAUCUUCCGUCUGAAUUCAAAGAGCGGAGAAAUUACCACUUUAAGGACACUGGAUUUCGAAGAAAUCAAGGAAUAUUCUAUUGUGGUGGAAGCAAGGGAUGGUGGAGGACUGGUUGCACAAUGUACAGUUGAAAUUAACAUUCAAGAUGAAAAUGACAACAGCCCGGAAAUUGCUAUCCAUUCUCUACCAGAAAUGAUUCUGGAAAACGCAGUGCCGAGAACACUAAUUGCUUUGAUCAGAAUAAAUGACCGAGAUUCCGGGGAGAAUGGGGAGGUAUAUUGUCGAUUAGACGGUGAUGUACCUUUUCAGAUAAUUUCUUCGUCUAAAAAUUCAUAUAAGUUGGUAACAGACGGGCCCCUGGACCGGGAACAGACCCCAGAGUACAACGUCACCAUCACAGCCACCGACAAAGGCAAGCCGCCCCUCUCCUCCAGCAUUACCAUUACCCUGCACAUCACCGACGUCAACGACAACGCUCCGGUUUUCCAGCAGUCAGCCUACCUGGUCCACGUGCCAGAAAACAAUCCGCCUGGUGCUUCCAUAGCGCAGGUCAGCGCCUCUGACUCCGACCUGGGACCCAACGGCCACGUCUCCUACUCCAUCGUGGCCAGCGACCUGGAGCCGCGGGCGCUGUCGUCCUACGUGUCCGUGAGCGCGCAGAGCGGCGUGGUGUUCGCGCAGCGCGCCUUCGACCACGAGCAGCUGCGCGCCUUCGAGCUGACGCUGCAGGCCCGCGACCAGGGCUCGCCCGCGCUCAGCGCCAACGUGAGCCUGCGCGUGUUGGUGGGCGACCGCAACGACAACGCGCCUAGGGUGCUGUACCCGACGCUGGGGCCCGACGGCUCGGCGCUCUUCGACACGGUGCCGCGCGCCGCGCAGCCCGGCUACCUGGUCACCAAGGUGGUGGCGGUGGACGCGGACUCGGGACACAACGCCUGGCUGUCCUACCACGUGCUGCAGGCCAGCGAGCCCGGACUGUUCAGCUUGGGGCUGCGCACGGGCGAGGUGCGCACGGCGGGGGACAGGGACGCUGCCCGCCAGCGCCUGCUGGUCGCUGUGCGCGAUGGGGGACAGCCACCCCUCUCGGCCACCGCCACGCUGCACCUGAUUUUCGCAGACAGCCUACAGGAGGCUCUGCCAGACUUCAGUGACCGCACCGAGCCCUCUGACCCCCAGGCUGAGCUACAGUUUUACCUAGUGGUGGCCUUGGCCUUGAUUUCAGUGCUCUUCCUCCUCGCGGUGAUUCUGGCGGUUGCCCUGCGCCUCAGACGCUCCUCCAGCCCCACCACCUGGGGCUGCUUUCAGCCUGGUCUUUGUGUCAAGUCUGGACCCGUGGUUCUCCCCAGCUAUAACGAAGGGACUUUACCUUAUUCCUACAAUCUGCGCGUUGCCCAUGCUGGAAAGACAGAGUUUAAUUUUCUAAAAUGUAACGAACAAUUGAGUUCAGGACAAGAUAAACUUUGCGCUGAAUCGUCUGGGGCCUUAUUUCCAUUUUGUAAUUCCAGUGAGUCAACUUCCCAUCCUGAAACACUAACAGCGGUGAGUUGCAUUUAAGUGCCUCGUCCUUUUCAUUAUCUACCCAACUUUCCAUAUUUAUAUGAAAAUAUAUUACAUUUCUAAGUAUAAUGAGUUGUCUUAGGGAUAUUUAGCCUGUCAGAAAGCUAUACUUCCGUUCUUCAACGGGAUGGUGAAUUGGGGGUGUCAUACAUAUUUAUGUGCCAUAACAUACAGUUAUCUUACCAAGUUUGGAUUUACAAAGUAGUGAGAGUGUGCUCUUUGCUUCACAGCAAAAGUUUUGUACAAAUUCCUUGCCUUUUUUCAAAUCUCCUGAGGUUUAAUCAUUGUCUCAUUCUUUAUUUAUUUAAAUUUUUAUUAUAUGUAAGUAAACAUUAAAUUUAAGUAGGCGAUCGUUGAAUUGACCCUUUAUAGCAUAAAAACUACUACUAGAUAUUAUCCUUCACUAAUUUCACUGGUACAGUUUCUAUCCCUUUCUUAUAUUUAUUCUUCAUACCUAGUUCCUUAUGUCAACAUAUUCAUGAUUCUUUGAAUCCCUUAUAAUCGUAAGAAAAAUAAUCUCUGUGUGUUUUGUGUAUAUGAGCAGGAGAAAGAGACAGGGAGACAGAGAAAAGGAUACAAAUAGAGGCAAAGACAGAGAAACACUCUACAAACUCACCAGAAGGUUGAAAUCCUUAUUUAAGUUCUAUCAUGCUGUCUUGAAUGCAAAAU